AUGGAAGAGGAAGAGCCAAUGGGUGAGUAUCGCGGCGAGUCUGAGCCUGACCAGAGGAAAUCUGGAACUCCGAGGCUUUACAUUAAAGAGCUUGUGAUGAAGAACUUCAAAUCAUACGCCGGUGAACAACGCGUCGGACCUUUCCACAAGAGUUUUUCUGCGGUGGUUGGACCAAAUGGGAGUGGAAAGAGCAAUGUGAUAGAUGCAAUGCUGUUUGUAUUUGGGAAACGAGCUAAGCAGAUGCGGCUCAACAAAGUAUCAGAACUAAUUCACAACUCAACCAAUCACCAGAACUUGGAUAACGCUGGAGUUUCUGUACAGUUUGAAGAGAUUAUCGAUUUGGAAGAUGGCUCGUAUGAAACUGUUCCUGGAAGUGAUUUCAUGAUUACUCGGGUUGCAUUCCGAGAUAAUUCUUCCAAGUAUUAUAUCAAUGAAAGGUCUAGCAAUUUCACUGAAGUUACCAAAAAAUUGAAGGGGAAAGGAGUAGAUCUUGACAACAACCGUUUCUUGAUUCUUCAGGGGGAGGUAGAACAGAUAUCACUCAUGAAACCGAAAGCACAAGGUCCCCAUGAUGAAGGGUUUCUUGAAUAUCUCGAGGAUAUUAUUGGAACAAAUAAAUAUGUGGAGAAGAUAGAUGAAUUAAAUAAGGAGCUUGAAACCCUCAAUGAGAAGCGAUCUGGAGUUGUACAAAUGGUGAAAUUAGCAGAGAAAGAAAGAGACAAUUUAGAGGGUGUGAAGGAUGAGGCGGAGACUUACAUGCUGAAAGAGCUAUCACAUCUUAAAUGGCAAGAAAAGGCUACAAAUAUGGCAUAUAAAGAUACUACAGCUAAAAUUACUGAACAGAAAGAGAACUUACAGAGUUUGGAAAAUAGUUUAAAGGAUGACCGAGAGAAAAUGGAUGAGAGUAAUAAGGAGUUGAAGGAACUAGACUCUGUGCAUGAAAAACAUAAGAAGAGACAAGAGGUUCUUGAUAAUGAACUUAAAGACUGUAAAGAGAAGUUCAAAGARUUUGAAAGGCAGGACGUAAAGCAUAGGGAGGACUUGAAGCAUGUGAAACAAAAAAUCAAGAAACUCGAGGAUAAACUUGAAAAGGAUUCAUCCAAAAUCAGUGACUUGACAAAGGAGAGUGAAGACUCGAGAAUUCUAAUACCUAAACUCCAGGAAAAUAUACCAAAGCUUCASAAGGUCUUGCUAGAUGAGGAGAAGGCAUUAGAGGAAAUCAAAGAAAAAGCUAAAGGUGAAACUGAAGGUUACCGGUCUGAGCUUACAAAAAUCCGUGCUGAAUUAGAACCUUGGGAAAAAGAUCUAAUUGUGCACWGGGGAAAACUUGAYGUUGCAUCAUCCGAAAGCGAACUCUUGAGCAACAAGGUACAUCCCUAG